GGUUGUCGUCGGUGGGAAGUCUCUCUCGCGCAGAAAGGAAGCGCAAGUGCAGAAGUUCGACAGUGUGAAAAGGCAGCAGUGAUCGUGGGGGUCCGUGCGUAGCGUGAUCUUGGCAGCCCACGGCCGUCGCGGGCGUCGAAAAUCCUCGCUGGCCCUUUGAAGUUUCCCUUUGAAGCCGCGACGACAACUAUAUCCCGACAACCCCCAGUUCUUCACAAACAACCGUCAAAAUGGGUCACGCCGCAGGUCUCAGAGCUGGUACCAGAUACGCCUUCUCGCGCGACUUCAAGAAGAAGGGUCUCAUCGCCCUCUCGACCUACCUCAAGCAGUACAAGGUCGGAGACAUUGUCGAUGUCGUCGCCAACGGUGCCGUCCAGAAGGGUAUGCCCUACAAGGUCUACCACGGAAAGACUGGUGUCGUCUACAACGUGACCAAGUCCGCCGUCGGUGUCAUCCUCUACCGCCAGGUCGGCAACCGUUACAUCGAGAAGCGCAUCAACGUCCGCAUUGAGCACGUCCGCCACUCCCGCUCGCGCGAGGAGUUCUUGACCCGCGUCAAGACCAACGCCGAGAAGAAGCGCCAGGCCAAGACCGACGGCUCCCACGCCUUCCUCAAGCGCCAGCCCGCCAUGCCCCGUGAGGCCCGCACCAUCUCCAUCAAGGAGGCCAAGCCCGAGACUCUUGCUCCUAUCGCCUACGACACUGCCAUCUAAGCGUGGAGUUUGAUGAUGAGCACCCUGGGGCCUCUUUUUUUGCUAGCUGUGGGUGGGGAGUUUUUUUUAUGGAAUUACCAAAAAAUGGCAUCGAGUCUUCUGAACACUUCCAUACAAUCAUCCCGGCAGGAGCAAAAUGGCAUACAAAAUGGUCGUGAUCUGACUGCAUGAGAGGCU